AUGGACCGCAUCCCUUCCUUUGCCUCGUCUUCGUCUGCCACCUACAAUGCCUCCGGCGCACCAUCAGCACAAUCGCCGCCCUCCGCCUCGCGCAGCAAUCCCCGCCAUGCCGCCUUCGCUGCUCCUGCUCCUGCGGCUGCUCCCAGCGGCCAGCUGGCCCCGUCGAGCACCGCUGCAUUGCCUGCACCCAGCGCCCCCAUGCUCGCAAAGGGAUCCCAGGCCCUCUCGCUCAAGGUCAUGCGCAUCUCGACGCCCGCCCUACACUCGGUCGAUCGGCCCUAUCACGAGGACGAUACCCACCUCGCAUCCCUGCCAUCUGCUGACGCAUGGCAUUCCAUCCCCAUGGACGGCCUCGUACCCGGCGAGCGCGCCGAGCUCCAUUCCCCGGCAGCCGCCACGAGCGACCGCUUACUGCCGGCCUUUGCCCAGUCACUCACCGCAGCACUCCGCGACGACAUGCUCAGCAACCAGGCAUCUCUCCUCACCCUCCCCGCCAGCUUCGGCACCCUCUACCUCGGCGAGGCCUUUUCCGCCUACCUCUGCGUCCGCAACGAGGCGCGCCACGCCGUCAGGGACCCCUGCCUCCGCGUCGAGAUGCAGGUCGGCGAUGGCGGCGAUGGGCCGGGUCCGAACGGCAGGCCCUCGGGCAGCCGCUCCCUCCUCGCCACCGUCGUCGCCGACGCCGCGCAGGGCGAUCCAGCCGAGCUCACCAAUGACGCCAAGCUCGAGACGACGGUGCGCCACGAGAUCCGCGAGCUCGGCCCGCACGUCCUCAUCUGCACCGUCUCCUACAAGGCGCCCGUCCAGGAGCCCGGCGGGGGCGUCGCGUGGGCAGAGACGAGCUUCCGCAAGUUCUACAAGUUUGCCGUGCCCGCCUCGCCCCUCUCGGUCCGCACAAAGACCCACGAGCCCCGCUGCGCAUCCCACGCGCUCCACCCGGACCACCGCGUCCGCGAACGCUUCCUGCUCGAGGUCCAGGUGCAGAACAUCAGCCCUUCGCCCCUCGUUUUUGAGGGCCUCGACGUGAGACCCGAGGCGGAGUGGGAGUGGCACAGCAUCGACCGGCCUCAUCUGUCGUCCUCUCGCCCCGAUGGCCGUGGCAGCGGCAGCGACGUCGGUAGCCUUUGGCGGGGCAUCAACGAGCCGCUGCUGCCAGAUGACGUCCGCCAGUACCUCUUUCAGCUGGUCCCGAAGGGCGACAAGCCUUCCAGGCCCCUGAUUCCGAUGCCGCUCGCCCCCGCCUUGCAUCUACCAGCCGCAGCACACAGCCGGCCCGGCGGCGGUGCGGCGACAUCGACCCCGGACCGACGCUCUCUAGUCUCGCUGGGGGAUGGCCGGUCUCCGGCGGCCCAUCGUCCCAACAUGACGACGUCGCGGCCGGAUGCAGCCACGGCUGUGCAGACCACGGUGCUGCCCGAAGCCAUCGGCAGCCUCGACAUCGCGUGGCGCAUGAGCCAGGGCGAGCCCGGCCGGCUGCAGACCAGUCAGCUCAUCCGGAGGCGCACCGUCGUGCAGCCGGUGCGGUGCUUGGCCGAAGCUUCGGAUCGACUUGCUACAUCGCUCGACAAGGCAGAUCUGCCUUCAAUCCCAGAGGCCGGCGCGGCCGCAAAGGAGACGGACGGAUCAGACUCGACGCCCACAUCUGCUUCCCAGACCGGUCUCGGCACACCGUUCGUCCCGCCCUCCGAGCUGCCUCGCUCACAGCUGCCGCCGCCAGACCUGCCUCCGCCGAUGAUCGAGGUCGGCUUGAACCUCGCCUCUGCGGCAGCGCCGUCGCUCGCCGCCUCCGCCAAGAGGGGACAGGCUGUGACACUGCCGCUGCAGCUCUGGGUGCGCGACCAUGCGGCGUUUGCGCUGACGGCAGCCAGCUCCACUGGCCAGGCCGGUGCCCGCGGCCCUUCACACCUGGCAGCGGGUCCGGACUCUGACGACAGCGACGACGACCGGCCGCUCAGCGAGCUGGCAUCGCCUCGGCAUGGCGGGCAGGGGCUGCCAUCGAUGUCGUCGCGACGGUCCUCGGCGGUCUCGGUGCCCACUGCGGCCCAGACUGCGUCCCGUCCUGCCGCCAGGCUUGAGAGCGGCAGCCGCACGCUCUUCCUCGCCGUGCAGCACCUUGCGCACCCACUGCCAGAGCAUGAGCCUCCUGCCGAGUCGCCGCACGCCGCCGCGUCCGGGCCCCGCAGUGGCGCGCGCCCGCCAUCGACGCGGGACGGCGAGGACAGUGCGCUGCGAAGUGAGCCGUCAUCGCUGCUGCGGUCGCUCACGUCGCCAUCGACGCCUUCAAGGCCGCUGGUCCGCCGCAGCCUGCAGCAGAACAUUGUGGCCAACCUCGCCUCUUCGCCGCUGCUGCGGACCGGCUCGCUCUCGCUCCGGCGCGGAGGGUCCGAGGGGCAGGACAACGACCCUGCUGGGGGCCAUGCUGGUCGGCUCGAGUCGCCGCACCCGCCGCCCACGCCCCCGCCCAAGGAGCGGCCGGAUCCCCUCGACUACGGCCAAGCGGCAACCGAGCCCGGGUCAGCGGCGCAAGGAGCGCAAGGUGCGAAGGGAGCAUCGAAGGUGUGGCCUCGGCCGCACAUCGAUGUCGACCACCUGCUCGACGGCGCGCUGCCGGACGUGGAAGGCGAAGACUUUGAGCGGCGCGGCUCGACGCUCCAGCUGCUGGCGCCGGUCAGGAUCGACCUCAAGGCGGACGGAGGCGAUGGCGUGGCGACGGGCGAGGCGAGCGUCGCGUUUGACGUCGACUACGUGCCACUGCGGAGCGGCGUCAUCCGGGUCGGCGGGAUGCGGGUGCUGGUGCUGGGUUGGCAGGACGAGGUCAUGUACCGCGCGGAUCGAGGCGAGGGCGAGGGCGAGGGCGGCGGUGAGGGUGGAGCAGAGGAGGGCGACGGGGCCAAGACGCAGAGCGGCGGCAGGGUCGAGCUGCGCAAGCCGGUCCUCGUGCGCGAGUGGGCCGUGGUGGCUGAGCUCUCUGCGCGGUAG